ACACAUGAAUUUUUUGUCCUAAUAGGUACUGGAUGAUGACUAUUCUAAGAUUGCGUUUCUCUGUUCUGAUCGCUCUAUCUGUCUCCAUGCUAAAUAUGGAAGUCACUACAGUUUGCGAAUUCCAAGGAUGGGGCGAGACAUUGCAUACGAUUGCUGGUCUUGUGACAUAAUUUGUGCCGCUUCUUCUCCAGAUCUAUACCGGAUAAAUCUUGAACAGGGUCGUUUCCUAUCGUCACUCAACACACAAUCCCCAGCUUUGAAUGUGGUGUCUCGCAGCAACGUUCAUGGGUUAGUUGCUGCUGGUGGUGAGGAUGGAGCUGUGGAAUGUUUUGACAUGAGAACGAGAUCUUCAGUUGGGAGGAUAAAUACCGUGGCAUAUGCUGGUGACAUUGAUGGGGAGGUUACUGCAAUUGAGUUUGGCGAGAAACAAGGUUAUUUCAUGGCUGUUGGAAGUAGUGGUGGAAAGGUUCUGAUUUAUGAUUUGCGCAAAUCUGAUCCUGUGCGAGUGAAGGAUCAUAUGUAUGGCAGCCCUAUACUGAACAUUAAGUGGCAUAAAACCCUAAACUCUGAAAGAGAGAAAUUAAUCACUACUGAUAAACACACAGUUAGGAUUUGGGAUUCUGAGACUGUAAGGAACUUUUUCAUCUUAUUAUUUGACUAUUUAUCCUAUGCUUGCUACAAAUUCUGUUUUUUGUGCCUUGACGAUUAUUAUACAACUGUCUUCGCAUUUAGAUGUGACUAGGGUAGAUGUACUGCU